AUGGGGUGCUCAUAACAAAAAUUUUCAUCUUCUACAAAGAACAGAAAUGAUGGAAGUAUUACAACUGGACAACUUAACAUGAAAUAAACAACAAAUGUCAUCUCUGUAAAAUAUUUGAACUAAAAAUUAAUUGGAUAAUCUGGAAAGUAUUAUAAUUUUCUACUAAAUCGUGUUAUUCUUUCAAAAGACAUACGUAAAAAUCUCAUAUCAUAAAUUUAGUGAAUAGUACAAUCAUGAUUAGAAGAUAAAAUAAACAAGAAAAUUUGCCUUCCAAAAAAGACUAUGUGACAAGCUCUAAUGGCUGUAAUUGA